AUGCUUCGUCGGCGCCACAAGAAGUCGCGUGCUGGCUGCUUAGAAUGCAAGCGUCGACAUGUCAAGGCGUCUGCAGACACUUCCCUGAAUGCCUCCCAGGGCACAUCGCCUCCGCCAGGCGCGUCUGCUGCCUCGAGUGCACCAACGUCGGUUGUUACGCCUGCACUCCCCGUGUUCCCUUCUCAGUCCACGGGCAGUCCCAACGCCAGCGGAGACGGCGGCGACCCGCUUCUCCUCAUCGACGAUGCCGAUGGGGCAAUCAACGUCAGCCAUGCCGAGCUUAUCGUGCACCUCAUGACUGAUGAAGACAUCCAGAGCUUGGCUGCGAAUCCCAACAACCUGUCGAGCGGCAUGGUUCUCGGUCUUCGCGCUGGGAUCCGCACGCCGUAUCUCCUGUAUGCCAUGCUUGCGUUCUCGGCGCGGCAUCUCGCCUACCUGGCGAACAACAGCAGCGACAUCAAACACACCACGCCGCCCCAGUCUCAGUCGUGGCAUACUCAAGAGCAGUGGACGCCAGAGCAGGCCUCGCAACCCUCGGUGCCGUCGUCCGUUCCGUGGAUACCGUCCCAACCGUUGGUGUCGACGAACCCAUCUUCGCUAUCCAUGCCCUCCUCGUCGUCGCCCUCGUCGAUGUCUUCUCCGUCACUAAGCACAGCAGCCUCGCCUGUGCCGCCACCGUCACAGUACUCGCUACCGUCGUCGCUGCCGCCGCUCUCGUUCUCGUCGACGCCCCCCUACGUGACCCAGUCGCCUACCGCUGCCGCCCGCUAUAAGCGUCAGUCCGUCCUCCUGCAAACCCGCGCCAUCUCGCUUUUCAACACCGCCUGGCGCGCCAGUCAUGGCGUCUUCGACCGCUCCAACUGCGUGCCCAUGCUUCUCUUCUCGUCCAUCCUAGGCCACCACCUGUUUGCCGACUCACUCGCCAGCCGCCACGACUCUCUGGACAAAUUUCUCGAGGACUAUGUUCAGUGCGCCCAGCUGCAGCAGGGUGUUUCCGCCAUUGCCAUGACCACCUGGCCGCUCUUGCUACAGUCUGAAUUUGCGCCCAUCCUGCAGUGGAGUGCUCGCUUCACAAGCCGCAAGGGCCGUGGACACGACUGCGCGCAGCUGCUGACACUCGUCAACAGAGCCCCCGAAGACCGGCUCAGCGCGUCCGCAAAGAAUGCUUGCCACUUGGCAAUCCGUCUACUCCAGGUUGGCUUCGACGUGCUGUACUUACCGGCACCCAAGAGCCCAAAAACCUCGUCCACACACAGUACCAGCCAAAACGGCAGUACCGAUGCCGAUACCAUGGAUAUGGAUGAUACGGCAGAACGUCCGGUCGGCGAAGGUGCCGAAAAUGCCGACAGCCACGACAACGACGGCGACGAAGAAGAAAAAUCGGAUGAAGACAAGAAUGAACACUUGUACCGUCACAAAAUGAUUUUGCUUUGGGCGCUCAUUAUGCCCAAGGAAUUUUCCGACUUGCUUGCGGCCAAGAACCCCGAGUCCCUCGUCAUCUUGGCCUACUACGCUUGUCUUCUCAAUCACGGCCGCCACCUGUGGCAGGUUGGUGACGCUGGUGAGUACAUUAUGGGCCUCAUCAGCGACUACAUGGACCCCGUCUGGGACGAGUGGCUAGAGGAGCCAAGGCGCCGCUUGGCAACGGAUGUUGUGCAAGGGCCGACGCCGUGA